AUGCUUAAGAGUAUGUUCAUUGAGAGCAUGAAUCAGCCGAUUACUAAUUGGCUUAACUUAAACUAUGUUGCCUGCAAGGAUGGAUCUAUUCCUCGUUGUAUUAUAUACCAACACUAUUGCGAGGACUUUAAGAAAGAAGGAAUUAUGCCCUUAAACACGGCCAUGUUUGGCAAGGUAAUUAAAAUGACCUUUCCCUCGAUUCGUAGCCGGCGGUUGGGUAACCGUGGCAAUUCGAAGUACCAUUACUUUGGUGUUGCUGCUCGGAAUGUGGCUCCGGCUGGGUUUGUCCCUGAGGAAACUCUGUCCGAGGCCGCCUUUUUGAAGAAAUAUGAGUCUGUCCAUAAGACGGUUCUAGACCAGUUCUUGGAGAAUGACUAUGUAUUGGCCUACCAAGAGAUGAAGACUUUUUGGUGCGAAGUAUUGCCAAGUUUUGGUAGUAGUAAGUCUUUAGAGUACGGCUGUAUUGGGAUAGAGAGGGGGUUCUUUGAGGCCUUGGCCAAAAGGUGCCUGGCUGAUGUUAAUGCUUCUGGCCGGCCGAUUUCGGCUUUGAAGACGGCGGCGAAGACUAUUGCGGUUCUUUGUAAGCAGAUUGUUGGGAUAAGUAGCAAUAAGGCAGUGGUGGCUCGUAUGGAGAGCUAUAAACAGCGAGCUAUGGCUCUGAAUAGUUUGGGGAAUUUGUACCGCUGUGCCUCUGUUUUAGAGGAGAAGCACGCCUUGCGGGACUCUUUAGAAGAGUUUCUCUUCUUCCUGGACUCGGGUGUUUCCUUGUUACAGGAGUGCGUGCCUUUGGAAAAGUCUCACUUUCUGCACAGCUCAGGCCGAACUCUAAUCUCCUUCUACGUGGCUUCGGCCUCUUUCCAGGAAUUUGCUGGCGGCCUAGGUGAUAUGCUGGCAGCUCUGCUCAGGAAGAAGGAAAGAGUGCAUUAUGCCGAAAUAGAAAAGUACUUUACAGAAAUGAUCCAAGAAGUAGCAGCCUCUUCUCUUUGUUGUCUUGAUUUAUCUUCAGCUAUUUGUGCCUUCUUCUCGGAGUACUUUGGUCUACUGGCCAACGGCCUGGCUUUCGCUGAGAUUUUCCAGAAGCGAGAGAUGGCUAAGUGCCCAGCACCUACUUCUCCCCCUAAGGAGUCCGUCUCCUUUGUAUCACAGAUCAUUACUAGCACAGACUAA